AUGGGGAACUCCAUCUCUGUUGCCGAGGCGCAGGCAGGCGCAGGGCAGGAGGCUGCACCCGAGCCGGUCGUCGAGGCGGCGCCGCAGGCGGCGCCACAGGCUACCCUGGAGGCCGCAGCGGACGCCGGGGACCAGGAGGCGGAGGAAGGAGAGGCAGGGCCGGAGAUCAAGAUCUGGACGGCCCCCGUGGACCGCCGCUUCCCUUCGGUGAACCAGGCGCGGACGUGCUACACCCGUUACAACGAGUUUUACAAGUGCACUGCGGAGAAAAGUGAGGAAGAAUGCACAUUUUACAAGAAGUGCUACCAGUCCUUGUGCCCGAAUGAAUGGGUUGAGAGGUGGGAAGAACAGCGUGAGGAAGGCACCUGGCCUGGUCGUUACUAG